GUGCCGUUACAAAUCAAAAGGUAUUUAUGAUCAUAUCUGGUUCACUCGGACGGCAAAUAAUAGCAGAUAUUGAAGCAUGGCCACAACUGGAGUCAGUCUAUGUAUUCUGUCGCAACCAAGCAGCUCAUGAACAAUGGGCCAAUAAAGUACCAAAGGUUAAAGGUGUAUACACAAAAAUCAAACCAAUUUGUCAAGCACUUGAAAUCGAUCGUGAAAAUUGUGAUCGAGCAAUGAUCUCGAUCAGCUUUAAUGGUCGUGAUGCCUUAUUUAUGUAUACGCAAUUAUUAAAAGAAGCACUUUUGGAAAUUGAAGAUGACGAUGUCAAAUCAAUUAAAGAUCUCGUAGAGUACUGUCGUCUUCAAGAUGAUGUUGAUGAAGAUGAAAUAAAAAAAGUGCAGCGAGAAUACCGAAAUCAUACAUCAAUUUGGUGGUAUACGGCUCCUUAUUUCAUGUACUCAAUGCUCAAUCGUGGGCUCCGAGAAAUGGAUGUCGAUAUUAUCCUGAAGAUGGGCUUUUUCAUCCGACAUCUACAUCAGCAUAUUACCGAACUACAUCGCGAACAACAAGGAAACAUGCCAACAAAUUUUCAAGUCUUCCGUGGACAAGGUUUGUCCAUUGAAGACUUUGAAAAAAUGAAAAAAACCAAAGGAGGACUUAUGUCCUUCAACAAUUUUCUGUCGACAAGUCGCAAUCGUGAGAUAUCUUUCAAAAACUUUGCACGACCAGCUACAAGCAAUCCUAAUUCAGUUGGCAUCCUUUUCAUUAUGAACAUUGACACGGCUAUUUGUACAAAAUCAUCGACAUCAUUUGCUGAAGUAAGCAAAGUUGGUUACUACAAAGAUAAGGAGGAAGAAAUACUAUUUUCAACACAUGCGAUUUUUCGUAUCGAUCGCAUUGAACGAAUUCACGAUAAUCACUGCGAUCGGCUAUACGAAGUCACUCUCACUAUUGUGGGUAAUGACAAUCACGAAUUAAACACACUUACAGCACACAUACGUAAGGAACUUGGUGGUGACAGAGGAUGGUCUCGACUUGGAUACAUACUUAUUAAAUUGGGUGAACCUGCAAAAGCUGAACAACUCUAUCAAAUUCUCCUCGCAAAGGCGUUUUCUGAUCAGGGUCGAGCAAAAUACAAUGAUCAACUUGCCUGGGUCUAUAAUAACAUGGGUGAGUACUUAAAAUCAGUCUUAUUCCUCGAACAAGCAUUUGAUAUCAAGAAGAAAACUCUCCCUCCGAAUCAUCCCGACUUGGCUUCUUCCUACCUCAACAUCGGUUCCGUGUAUUAUAGCAUGGGCGAGUACUCAAAAGCACUUUCAUCGUAUGAACGAUCACUUGAAAUCCGUAAAAUAGCUCUCCCUCCGAAUCAUCCCGACUUGGCUGCUUCCUACCUCGGCAUCGGUUCGGUGUAUUAUAGCAUGGGCGAGUACUCAAAAGCACUUUCAUCGUAUGAACGAUCACUUGAAAUCCGAAAAAUAGCUCUCCCUCCGAAUCAUCCCGACUUCGCUCAAUCUUACAACAACAUCGGCUUGGUGUAUGAUAAAAUGGGCGAGUACUCAAAAGCACUUCUAUCGUAUGAACGAUCACUUGAAAUCAAGAAAAUAGCUCUCCCUCCGAAUCAUCCCGACUUGGCUGCUUCCUACAACAACAUCGGGUUGGUGUAUAAUAACAUGGGCGAGUACUCGAAAGCACUUUCAUAUUAUGAAAAAGCUCAAGAAAUUUGGAAAAAAUCACUUCCUCAAAAUCAUCCACAUAUUGCUCUAGUGAAAAGAAACAUUGCAAUUGUAAAAACGAAAAUGUAA